UGCUGUGCAGCAUGCACGGCAGAGGUGCCCAAGUCAUGAACCGCGUGCGUGCUAUCAUCUUUUCCCGAGGUGCUGCUAGGGCUACUCCUUGUGCCGGUUGGCCAACUGUCUCUAAUCGGAUGUCGACGACCACCAACAGCAACGCCUUCGUUGAUGCGGCGAGAAGCACAGCGGCGAGCGGUUCUGUGGUGUACGAGGGGGAGCGGGCGGUCCACGAAUACCUGCAAUUUCACUUUGGAAGCACCGAUGAAGUCCUUCCUCAUGACUGCGGGCCGGCCGACGCGUUGGGUUUUCCGAAGCGAUGCGCAAGCCUUUGUGCCGAGGCGCUCGUGACUACGGAGACAUCGCCACCACUGCCUCUGUCGUCGUCGCCGGAGAGAGAGAAAGACCAGCUAACUGGCGAGGGAGGCGAAGGGCAAACGUAUAAGGCCGGAAGGUCAAACAGGCGCCCCCUCCGCGCGCUAGAUGUCGGGUGUGCCGUGGGAGGGAUCACGUUCGAGCUGACACGGGCAUUUGACGAGGUCGUGGGCGUGGAUUUUUCGGCCAGUUUCGUAGAGGCCGCCGAACGGAUGAGAGUGGAGGGAAGAACACAGUACGAGUACUUGGAGCAAGGGUCGGCGGUCUUUCGAAGGGAGGCAUUUCUGCCGGAGGGAACGGUUCCUUCACGAGCCAGGUUUUCCCAGGGAGACGCUUGUUCGCUGGACGUGAAAGCACUGGGGUCUUUCGACGCCGUGCUCGCUAGUAACCUGCUCUGCCGGUUGCCGAAGCCUCGAUCAUUUCUGGAAGACCUUCCCGCCCUGGUCAAGCCAGGGGGGGUGGCAGUUUUGAUAUCACCCUACUCGUGGCUCAAGGAGUACACGCCCACGUCGGAGUGGUUGGGGGGAUUUCGAGAAGGAGGGGACGCGGACAAGCAGGACGGGGAGUACGUCGACAGCUUCGACCGGAUUCGGUCGAUAAUGGAAGCCGACGAUGCCUUCGAGCUUGAACGGCGCUGUUCUAUGCCCUUCCUUAUCCGCGAACACGCGCGAAAAUUUCAAUGGGGCUGUUCGGAUGGGACGGUAUGGCGACGGAAGUCGUAG